AUGACUGUCCAAGCUGAGAGAAUGGAAGUGGCAUUAGUUGACUUUGAGAAGUUGGAAAACAUGAAAAGUAAUGUGGAUGGCCCAAAUUACUCCAACGACAAAGCAGUUUUGACUGGGGAUAUGCCAGAAAUGGGUCUGGGCUCCAAUGUCAACCAUGUCAUGUGUACCCCAAAUAUGUCUUCAAACCAAGAGAAAAGUCAGAUUAUGAGGGAGCCACUGUCCCCCUCCAUACCACCCCCAACCACAAGAGGGCGUCCUAGCUGUGCUAGCCUGGUAUCCAACUGGAAACUCUUAUUAAACAUGGAAGGCUCUCAGGGUGAUAGUACAUUCAACAAACUGGCUAAAGAAUCCUAUGAGGAUAUAUUUAUGUACAAGAAAGACAUUGAGGAUGGUGAGCAGAAAGUCAUUAUCAAUAUUGCUGGUCUUCAUUUUGAAACAAGACUCAAGACCUUAGACCAAUUCCCUGAUACUUUGCUGGGCGAUCCCUUAAAAAGAAUGGAAUACUUUGAUCCAAUGAGAAACGAAUAUUUCUUUGAUCGUAAUCGUCCAAGCUUUGAUGGAAUUUUGUACUAUUACCAGUCAGGCGGAAAGAUCCGCAGACCUGCGAACGUUCCCUUAGAUAUUUUUGCAGAUGAGAUACAUUUCUAUCAGCUGGGAAAUGAAGCCAUGGAGCAGUUCCGUGAAGAAGAAGGCUUUAUUAAGGAACCAGAGGUUCCUCUACCAUCAAAUGAGAUCUAUCGACAGUUCUGGUUGCUCUUUGAGUACCCUGAGAGCUCAAAUGCAGCUCGUGGAGUUGCUCUGGUCUCACUUAUUGUGAUUAUUGUAUCCAUCAUCAUCUUUUGCAUGGAAACUCUUCCAGAGUUCCGUGAUGACUUUGAGGUCUUUCAAGCUAUUGGACUCCCAAUCAAUCGUACAACGAGUGCUGGAUUUCCUUCACCACGUGCCACUUCCAAAACCAUUAGCACCACUUUUACUGACCCUUUCUUUAUUAUUGAAACAGCCUGCAUCAUCUGGUUUGUCUUUGAGAUUGUUGUCCGCUUCCUGGUUUGUCCAAGCAAACGCAAGUUCUUCAACAACAUUAUGAAUGUGAUUGACCUUAUCUCGAUCAUCCCAUAUUUUGUCACUUUUGUAACUGAACUGGCAGCCGUGACCCAUACUAAUACUGGAGGACAGAACAUGUCUUUGGCCAUUCUUCGAAUAAUCAGAUUAGUGAGAGUGUUCAGGAUCUUCAAGCUAUCGCGUCAUUCCAAAGGUCUUCAGAUUUUGGGUCAGACACUCAAGGCCAGCAUGAGGGAACUGGGCUUGCUCAUCUUUUUUCUCUUCAUCGGAGUUAUACUCUUCUCCAGUGCCAUCUACUUCGUUGAGGUGGAUGACCCCAACACACAAUUCAGUAGCAUCCCUGAUGGAUUCUGGUGGGCUGUUGUCACCAUGACCACAGUGGGAUAUGGAGACAUGUGUCCCAUUACACUCGGAGGAAAAAUAGUCGGCACACUGUGUGCCAUUGCUGGGGUUUUGACCAUUGCUUUGCCCGUGCCUGUCAUUGUGUCCAACUUCAACUACUUCUAUCACCGGGAGACGGAGCAGGAUGACAAAAAGCAGAUAUCUGAUGAUUCUCAAAAACUAGGGAAUGCCACAAAUCAUGGCAGUAACUCAUCUCUGAAUAAGAUAAAUGAGAAAUCUGAAGGUGGAAAAGCAUGA